AGAGUACUUAGGCAAAACAAAUAUGGCUGGUUGUCAAAAUAUGUAAAGAUACAUUAAUUUUUUGUUAGCCGUUAAAGUUGCUAGAGUAAUACAAAUAGUCUAGUUUUGUAGAAGGACUGAUCAUAAGCCUACAAUGUCGACUGAUCCAGCUGCAUUUGUAGCUGGAGUUCCAGUGAAGAUUAGUGAAAGGUUUCGUCCACCUAGGAGAAUCACUCUUCCUGCUUCGUGUCAGCAUCAGAUUAACCCAGAUUUAUUAACUCAGGAAUAUGAUUUUGCCAUAGAAAGAACAACGCUUAACUGGGUUCAUGAAAGAAGAGUUCGCUUAGAAAAGGAGGAAAAGGAUAGGAAAGCAAGGAUUGAAGAGUAUGAAAAAUUGAAAUUAGAAAAGAAAGCAAAAGAAGAAGAGGAGAGAUUGCAACUGGAGGAAGAGGAAAGACAGAGAGCCUUGAAAGAGGAGGAGGAGAAGAAAAGAGCUGAAGAAGAGGAAAAAAGGCUUCAAGAGGAACGUAGUAAAGAGGAGACUCAGCCAAGUGACCAUUCAGCUGAUGAAGAGGGAGAGGAUCCUUGUGACACAAAUAAGAAGGGUAUUGAAAGUGAAAGCAGUGAUGCUAGUAUUGAAACACAGGUCACUUGUAAAGACAAUCGUGAAGUAGAUGUACAAAGUGAAGCAAAAUUACAUACAAAUAAUAAUGCACUCCAUUCAACAGAAAUAACACAGCCAACUGGUACUCCUUACCUUGGGAAUACCUCUAUGUACAAUAAAAAUGCACAUUUUAAUACAGAUAUGAAGACUCCGUAUCCUGAUAUGCUAAAACCGACCCCAUUCCCUUCCCAGAAAGAUAGUAUAAGAACUCCUUUAAAAGCACCUACAGACAUCAAUUUUGCUGAUUUUGAGGGUGAUGCAAAUGAUCCUUUUGAAGGUGCAGCGUUAAAAUCCAUCAAUGACCUCGAAGAACUAGCAAAGGUUUUAGACUCAUCAAAUAUUAAUUCACAGCCUAAAGAAGGGAGUUUUCUUGCAAAGUCAAAUUCCAGUGAUGAUAAGGGAUCCGUUCAUAUGUACCCAAAUGGUCAAACUUCUUAUGGUACUUAUAGUCAGUAUCCAUAUUACAUGCAGCAGCACCAGCAGCAAAGUUACGGCCAGUUUACAAACCAGAUAGCAAAGAAUUCACAAGUUACUGCUGCGUCCCCAACAGUGCCUUCAUAUACUAGUAAUCCACAGUAUAGUGUAGGGCUCAAUAGAACGUACCAGAAUUCAUAUUAUAAUCAACAGUGGAAUAACAGUUUUAAUGUAAGUAGUCCAAGUAAACCCCCACAAUUUGGAACAUAUGACUACCAUCUUCAAAGCACUACUGUAGGUGGAAUGAGUCCUGGAAAUACUAAUGUAAACCUCACAACUGCAACAGCAACCAUCCCUGUUGCAUCAGUUAGUAGUCUACAAGCAAACUCUGCUGAUGGUGGGAAUCCUGCUAAAAGACAAGAUCUGGAAGAUUUUUAUUCUAAGUAUUAUUCUCAAAACAAAGCUGCAGUUCCAUCUAAUCAACAGUCUGUGAUGAGAUCUGGGGACUCGACACCAAGCCAUAGCAGUGGUGGUUCUGGAGCAGCUGGGUCAACUAAUGGUUCAUUACGUUCGUGUCGAAGUGUUCCAGACCUAACUGCUGCGGCAGAUUCUGAGGUGACAAUAUAUAGUAAUGGCAUGCAGUCGCAAAAUGAAUCACGAAGUUUCACUCAUACUCUUCCUCCAAGACCAUCCAGUACGGGCCUUAGUGGUUUAGAGGAUUGGAAACCAUUGCCUGACUUGUCUAGCAGCCCUGAGUUGAGCCCCAGUCAGCAGAAUCCUCCUCACGGUUCUUCAUCACAUACUUCAGGCCCUCCAUAUACUCCAGCCAAGUCUAGGCUUCCAGACCCAUUUGCAGAACUCACUGCCGAUGCUCAGGUUUUAGUUCAGAGUAUGGCAGAAAUGGGAUUUCCCAGGCCACGUGUUGCCAGAGCAGUCCAGAAGCUUGGCACAGAUCACAAAAAGCUUAUUGAGGUUUUGCUUGUAUUACAAUCAUUGCAAGACACGGGCGAAGACGAAUACAAGGCUGAACUCGCCUUUUACUACUACAUGGGAGAUAUACAAAAAACAAGAGAUCAUCUCAGUGCAGCAAAGCAGCUUCUAGCCUUGGGUUUUGAGGAAUCAAGAAUUAUAGAUGCUCUUCUGAAGCAUAACAAUGACAGAGACAAAGCCCUGGAGGAACUUAUUGCAUAGUCAUCUGACAUUUUCACUUCAUAGCCUUCAUAAGGUAUGUGAUCUUGAAAUGCAGCAGGGGUGAAUAGAAUAUGGCAUAUUGUCUUCCUGUUGCAGUGUAGCUUUUGAGGUCACCUGUGCAUUGGUGAUGUAUGAUUAUUUCGAGAAGAUUCUGGAGAUAUUUUUGCCAUUUUGUAUAUAUAUAUACAGCUGUUUCUGCCCCUACAGGAUGCAGUAUCAUUAGUUUGUUAGGUAUCCAUGAUACAGUACAUAUUUGGAAUUGUUUUUCAUUACUUUCUUUUUCACUUAAUUAUGAAAUUAAGCUGGUUAUUUCAUUUUGUACAGAAAAUACCAAAACUUUGCAUCAUUUUAUGUACAAUUUGCCAUUGAUUCAUGGUUUAUCUUAAAUGAUUAUACUUGGUCUUUUUACAUUGAAAUGCAUUAGAAGUAUCAUUUGUCAUAAUGUUGUGAGAGAAAGUUCUGAGGAAACAGAACUUGAUACUGCCCAUGUAAGAUGCAUGUACAUAGCUGUGAUGGUUAUUGUAAUUCCUAGUAGACCAUGAAGUUGUUAGGUCUUUUAAUUUAGGUUUUUUCAUUUGCAUUUCAUAGCAUUCUCCUUUUGCUCCUUGUGAAAUCAAGUAAGUCAGAAAAUGCGCUAGUCAGAUCAAAUUGCCAUAAUAAUUGUUUUAUUGCUGAAGAAACUUAUGGAAUUUUAGUUAAAAUAUUUUAUGGUUUGUUGCAGCACUAUAUUUUUCUUUAAAUUCUCAGAAGUGGUUCAUUACAUAUAAUUGUCCUUUUUUAUAGAGAUUAUCUCCAGUGCCUUUGAAUUAAAAAGGGUAGAAGCCUUUGGAUGUAGGUAUGUAAAACGCAGUGUUUUAAGAGAAAAUUAAUUCUUUUUGGUCACCAUUGAUGUCUGUAUAUGUGUAUAUAUCUAUAUAUAUAUAUGUGUGUGUCUGUGUAUGUGUGUGUGUGUACAUAUAUAAAUAUUCAGAAAGAUUGGAGGUAUUACUGAAAAGAUACUUUUUCUCAAAUAAGAAAGGUCACUAUAACUGAUAACAAAAGAAUCUCACACAAAACAUAUUUGCUGCGAAUGCUUGAUACAAUCCAUCUGCCUCUAGGUUUAUUAAGUAAUUUCUCAAUAGGAUAUAGACCACUUCUGCCUUUUCUGGGAUAAAAUUAGGUUGGCAUUUUUGCAGAAUGUUUUUGGAAUGAUUUUAGAAAUUUUUUUUUUCUAAUUGCAAACCACAAGAAAUUAGAAAUACACUAUACAGUAUUAGGCCUUAAUUGCAUGCAAUAUUGUCCAAAAAUAGAUGAAGUAAACUGCUUGGAUAUUUGAAUUUUCAACCAGUGCAAUAACAGGCCAUCACUUCAACUACUAAAAACAAAUGGAAUGAAAUGAGGGAAGCCAGAUAUGUAAGUGCAUCUGUUUGGACUCAGAUCAGGCACCAUUGCACCCUUUAAUAGGAUUUUGCACCCCCUCUGCAUGCCAGUGGUUUAAAUCCUCAAAUAGGAUGUUGUUAGCAUCCGUUUUCAGGCAUUACAUAUUGUCUGCUUAUAGUGUGUACAUCACCUUUGACAUGUUGAGGAUGAGAAUGAAUGCUUCCACUCUGCUGGUGGGGCAGGGAGGGAAGGAAAGUAUAGUUUUGGCUGCAGUGGUACUGCUGCAUCCAUACAUGGUUUCCAUGAUUUUGUGUUGUGGUAGAGCGAGUACAGUUUGGUCUGGUAUUUCACCAGUUGUCAGUUCAAUUCCCCAAGAAGGGAGGUAUAUUCUAUAUUUUUUCAUUACCAUGGAGUAGUUUUUUAUAUUUUGCUUGUAUAGUGGUGUGGCUUAUAAUUCAAAUAUUUCUGUAAAGUGAAUAAGUAUGACAUUUAACAUUGCCUUAGACUAAUCUAAACAGAAUAGAAAUAUCUGGGGAGCUUAAGAACUUGUAGACAAUGCUUUCAAGCAAAUGUGCGAAAGUGGAAAAGCGGAAGGAGAAGGGAGGAAGUAUUUCAUCAGAAUCAUGAAAAGUUAGUUAUUCAUUUUAUUUGCAUACCUAUUUGGUAAGGAGUAAAUGGAAUAAAAUUUUAGUGUAAACUUUGCUAAAUGAUGAAAUUUACUUUUUUCUAGUAUUGUACAAGCUACUGCCAUCCAUGGUGCUUUGAUAUAGCUUUGUACUGAUUUCUGUAGAGAAUGAAUAUUAGAAAUAUUGUGGUCGUUAGCUCUUUGAUUGAUGUUUGGAUUUAUUUUUUUAUUUUUUCAAUUCCACAGUAUUCUUCAGUUUUAUUACACCCUUUGGUUUACAGGGAGCAAAGGAAGGUGUAUAAUGUAAACUGUACUUAGUACAGAGACAGAAAGCCUUUAUGUUAUUGCUCUUUUCAGAUUUUAUAAAUUUUAUUGUAUUUUUAUGUUACAAAUAUUGCAUUUCAUUAGUUAGUAAACUUUGUACCCUACAGACAUGGAUAACAGCUUUUUGCCUGCUUAUUAUUUUGAUAAAAAAUUCACCAAGAAGCUUUGAAAGCAAGCUUGAGAAAAAGUAUGGGGUAAAAUUUCUAGUUUGUAAUUACCUAGGCAAAGAACAAAAAGUAAGUCAUUAGAACAAGCAGAUCAUUACCAUGGGACUCUAAGUAUCCAUUUGGCAGGUGCCAUUCACUUUAGUACAUAACUGCACCUAAUAGGUGGCAACUAUCAAUAGACCUUUUGUAAAUGUUGGCAAAAUACACCGACCUUUCAUUUUAUUUUACUGUUUUAUUCAUUGCUAUCUCUACAUGUAGCAUUAUUUUCUAUUUUGAAUGUCAAGGCUAAAUAAUUCCUUUGUCCUGUGUUUUUCUUUGUCUUUGAUGAAUUGCUUAGAUUCUAGUUUUGAUAUGGAGACAAGGGAGUCAUACAUCAUUGUUUUCCAAUUCCUGGCUGUUAAAUUCUUUCCUUUUCCAGUUUGUUUUAGGGUAUUAUUUGGUUCUUUUCAACCUAAUAAUUACGUUGCGCAUGUGUCAAAGAUUUUUAGGAAUUAAAGAAAUAUUAACUAGUUUUAUAUUAUGUACUAUUAUUAUGAAGUAUAACAUGUGCCCAGAGUAUUUUUCAAAAUCCUGUUUUUUACUUUAUAAACAAUGUCUGCUGUACUGCAGUUGUUUUUGUUGUCAGUGCAGAAACCCACAGAACAGUUGAAAGGUCAAGAACAGAUUGCAUAUGGGAAAAACACAAAGGAUACCUUAACAGGAAGAGAACUAAACUAUAAAAAGAAUAGGGUUAUUUGAAAAUAACUCCAUCACCCACAUCAAUAUACGUAUAUAGAUUAAUACAGUGAAACCUCGCUUUAAUGUACUAGUAGAGGGAGAAGGUUGUCCUUUAAAGCCGAUUCUCCGUUGAAGUGAAGCAUUGUUUUUUUAUCAUGUCCUAUAUGAUGUUUAUUUGUAGGCUAGCCUCGGCCUAGGUGUGAUAACCACUGACAUACAUGAAAAGAUUCACAUUAUGAAACUAAACUGAUGAUAAAGGUAAUAAAAUCAUUUUCACCUUAAAUAUUAUUGGCAUAUCUUCAUAAUAAAUAGUGUAUUGAAAGAAAAAUUUUAUAUUAAUAAAAUCAACUUUUAACUGGGAGAAACCAGCAAACAAUUUGUAAACAUCAAGUAAUACGGUUGGGUUCACAAGAACCUUUUACGUUCGGUAACUUUACAGAAAAUUUAAUGGUAGCGUAAUUACGGUAGCAGUAAUAUUUAGGAUAAGAUAAUAUUCAUAUGUAAUUAAAAAUUCAUAGUCAUAUUGAUGGUUAACUUUUCAGAACAAUGUAGUCAUACGAACGAUAAUUAUCGUACAUUACCUUGUUGUUUGUGAUUGGCGAUGAAAUGUAAACAUAAAAAAAUCAUUUUUACCUUAUAUAUUACUGGCAUAUCUUCAAAAUAAAUAGCCUAUUUGAGGAAUAAUUCCGUAUUGAUCAAAUCAACUUUUAUAUCUAUGUGAGGCAAGUUGACGUAGUGUAAACAUCAAAUUAUGGUAGUGCUGACAGCAACAUUAUCUUUUGGUAUCAUUUCAAAAUUUUAAUGGUUGUGUAAUUAUGGUAGUAAUAAUGUUUAGGAUAAUAUGAUAUUAAUUUUUCACUAAAUUCAUUACCAUUGUGGUAGUAAAUAACAGUUUAGAACAAUAAAGUCAUAUGAACGAUAAUUAUUGUACUUUGGCGUAUUGUUGGGGGUUUGUGGCUGGCGAUGAGGGUCGAUACUUAAACAAAAUGUUUCCCUUUUAGGCCUUGCGUUUAGAAAAAAUGUGAUAUAGAAUUGACUUUUUUAUUUCAUUUUAUUUUGAAUUUAUAAGGAUACAGUAAGUAAAACAGCAUUUGUAAUAACAUCAUCUUUGUAUAACCAAUUUUUCAUAAGAUACCUGUUGUUACAAAAGCUAGCCUAUACACAGAUGCUUUUGUAAUUUAACAGUCAUCGUAUGCCAUACUACCCUUGGUUUGAUUUUGGCCAUUAAAUCCGAUGUCCGUUGGUGCUGGGUAUGUUAAAACGAGGUUUUACUGUACAGACAUAAGCCUAUUAUUCAUGUCUCAAAUGUUCUCAGAUUCUGUUGGGCAGAAGCUAGUCUUAAUACCAGCACCAUCUGGAACCACAUGUGUCUUUUCUCAACCACCUACUUCUUAUGUGAGCCUGCAUUGCUGUUAAGUGCUUUGUUCACUGCUCCUUAGAUGUUUACCUUGCAACUGGAUUACUAUUCCAUCAUUCAUUACUAAGCAUUUUCACUUUUUGCCCUCAGUGGCGUGGUUGAUAUGGUGUUUGCUUCCCAUCUCGGUGGUCGCGGGUUCGAUUCUCGGCCAUUCCAUUGAAGAGUGAGAGAUGUGUAUUUCUGGUGAUAGAAGUUCGCUCUUGACGUGGUUCGGAAGUCAAGUAAAGCCGUUGGUCCCGUUGCUGAAUAACCACUGGUUCCAUGCAACGUAAAAACACCAUACAAACCUUAUACAGUAUAUCCAUCAUUUAUUUUUAUGUUUUACUUUAGUUCUUGGUUAAGUGAUAAAAGAGUGAAUUCAUCUGAUAGGUAUUCAGGACCAUUCCACUGCAUACUUUGCCAUCCAUUCCUUGCUUGAUUUUCAUCACCUUUGGAGGACCUGAGACUUCAGGGACACCUCCGGACAGUUUCUUUCCACAGGACUAAAAAUAGAAUCAUGUCCUUAAGAACAAGGUCUCAUAAUAGUGAAGGAAAGGGAUUUUGAGAUUGUUAGUAGUUUAAAGAGACUUCUGGGUUAAAAUAGGUAUGGUAAUGUGAUUGAUGAUACAGCAUCAGUUUUGUUACAAAGGUACAAAGUCAGACCACUACUUCUGCCUCUUUAAAACAUAAUUUGGAAAUGUCUUUUAUUUUAUGUGCAGAAACUUGGCAAAGGCAGUAUACCUUUAUCUCUUUUUAUUGAAGAGAUGUUUCUGAUGAAUGGUCAGACUUAUUUCUGUGUACCUUUGGAGGGAAAAAGAUAGGGACUCCUUAUCCACAUGCACAUAACUCUUGUCCACCUAUCAUUCAUGGCACAGGGAAGAAACAGACUUCCAGGAUCACUGAUUGCUUUGCCUUUCUGAAAGUUGAUAGUAAGUCUACCUCAUUUCCAAAUCUGAAAGACUUUGUGAUCAAGAACCAUGCAUUAAGUAUAAUGGGUUUUGUCAUCACUGUUUACUAACUUAUGAGCUAAACACUUAGUUCUUGACUCAUUUCAGUUGUAAAAUGUUUUACAGACAACAUACCCAAACUGUGGCAUUCCUGCAAACUCCUCAGUUAUAUAGUUAGUGCCUUUCUCCCAACCCUACAAAUCUUGCUGCUACCUAUAUAGUCAACACAAAAAGUGAGAUAGGUGACUGCGACGUACUUGGGGUUCAAACGGGCCGUGCAUAGUGAAACUACUUGCCUGCUCUAAGAGACAAAAGACUGUGAACCUGGGAACAUUAAUGACAUGAAUGUUAAAACAUAUAAUGCCUAUGAUUGAUCAGUUUUUAUAAUAAAAAAUAGGUUUUGUAUUAUAAAAAAUGUUUGAUAAGAGUAAAUUGAAAACAAAAAGGCAGAAGUUUAGAAUUUCUCUAAAAGGAAAGCAACUUGUACGUUACAAGACAACUAAAACUCUUGAUAGUAUGUGUAAGAAAUGAUGUCACAUGAAAUAAAAGCAGAAAUACAAAUAUAAUUUCAUUAAAAAACAGACUUGAUAACAGGAUCAAAAAUGGCAGUUAGAAAUAUGGCUUUCUUUUUUUAUUCAUGUUUCUUAAGUGGUAAAUUGAUACUUUACAAAGGGAAAAUGAAAGUUGAAAUGAGUGAAGGUAUUUUUUCAAUGAUCCAUCAAGCAUCCUAACACUCAUGUUUUGAAAGUGUUCAGCCUAAAUGGAGCACUUACCUUGACCCUGUCAGUGUCUUCAAUUUGAAAUUACCAGAUAUGACAAUAAGAUCUUUAGGAGGUUAAUUUGGUAUCAGGAAUAUAAGGAAACCAUGUCUCUUAAAAUUUUUUAGGAUUGAUGCAUUGUCAGUUAAACUGAUUAAAUUCAUCAUUGCCCAGCCUCAUCUGAAAUGUGGCUUUAAUGCUCUACUCAUGAAAUGGUUAAUGUCGACAUGAUAAAUGUAUCUGAGUGGGGUAGGUAAAACCUACAAAAUAUCAUUGGAGUUGCUUGUAAUCCUUUAAAAAAGAAAGAAAAGGUACAAAUAUUAUUUUAUUUAUCCAGUAGACUGCUGAGUAAUAGACAUGGAAUUCUUCCUUUUACCUGCUUAUUUAUUUUAUAAGUUUCUUUUAUUAGUUAGCAUACUGCGGAAGGGAUUUUGAUAGUUGUCUUCACUCAGCAAGGAAAAUAUGAGUUCUUAAUAAUGUUUAAUAGUGUAUAGAGAGAAUGCUUUGAUUUAUUGUUUUAUAAGGAGGGAUACAUUUAGAUGUAUCCCAUCUACAAAAUUUUGCUCUGUUUAAUACAGAUAGACUAUAUAGAGUUGAAAUUUAUGUUCUGUUAUUCCUUGCAGAGAAUCAAGAAUGGUGAUUAUUUUUAUUAUCUGUUUGUUUUAAUGGUUAUAUUGCCUAAUGCUAUAAACAAAUUUUUUAUGUAUUCAGAAUCUCGUGAAAAGCUAUAACUUGAGUCAUUUUCAUGCUCUCUUAUAAAGUGAUAAUAUUUAUUUAUAUAAAUAGUAUACAUAAUGGACAGCAGUAGAUAUCUGGCCAAAUCUGAUUUCUAGUUGGACAGAUUUUCUCUGCAUCUGUGAUGUGGGUCACAAAUUAUGAAUCUUGAUGGACAGAUCUGGUUUAGGUUUUUUCAGUUGUGGCAAUUUUUUAUUCUGGUUGUUGAGGUGGUUUUCAGAUAUUUUUGUGGUAACUUUAUUAUUAAGAAUGUAAAGACGUUGCAACUUUCAAAAUUCACUUUGCUUUAGCAUCAGAUAUUAGGUCAGCAUAAUUUUUCAGUGUUAAGAGAGUUGUGCAGUCAAGUUAUCAAAAAUAGUCAGUACCAACACCUUUUGUAUAAAUUUGAUCUGCUUGAGUUUGAGUACAUUAUUAUUUUUUUGAAAUUGUUUUAUUACAAGCUUCUGCAGUUUGGAGAAAAAUACUUUAGAAGUUUUGUUUUAGUAGAACAGUUGGCAAUAAAAGAUCAGAGUGUAA